CAAUCUUGGCUUCAUUAGCGUCGGGGACUCCGGCUCGUGUUGUCGGGCUUCAGCUCUCUCUUUCUAUCCGUGUCGAAUUUAUUGCUACUUGCUUGUUCCUCUCGGUGGGUGCUUUGAUCCUUGGACACAUUAUCUUUCAUGAUCCAUUAUGGAGAUACAGAAUUGUGGCAGGCCAAUUGAUUCCUUGAUAGAGAAAGUUCUUUGUAUGAAUAUUCUGUCCUCUGAUUACUUCAAGGAACUCUACCGAUUAAAAACAUACCAUGAAGUCAUUGACGAGAUUUACAAUCAAGUUGAUCAUGUGGAGCCAUGGAUGACAGGGAAUUGUCGUGGUCCUUCUACUUCCUUCUGUCUUCUUUACAAAUUUUUCACAAUGAAGCUCACUGUCAAACAAAUGCACGGGCUGUUGAAACACCCUGAUUCUCCUUACAUUAGAGCGGUUGGGUUUCUCUACUUGAGAUAUGUUGCUGACCCCAAGACGCUGUGGAACUGGUUUGAGCCAUAUGUCAAAGAUGAAGAGGAAUUUUCCCCUGGAUCCAAUGGACGAAUGACCACAAUGGGUGUAUAUGUUCGUGACUUACUUCUUGGACAGUAUUACUUUGACACCCUGUUUCCACGAAUCCCCGUUCCUGUGAUGAGGCAAGUUGUGGCUAAUCUUGAGAAGCUGAAGCUCCCCACCAAACACUCUGGUUCAACAGGGGAAUCCACUCGUCAUGGUUCUGAUGACACUGCCAGACGACCGCCUUCUGUGAAAGCUUCCCUUUCGGUCUCAUUUGGUCAGCGCGCUCCGCAUCGUGCUUCAACUAGGGACUCAUCACCAGUCCGCCGCACUGUAUCUCAUCAUGAAAGAAAUGGCAGUGAUGAUCCACGGAAAUCUCCAAGAAGCGGCAGUCGCAGCCAGAGCCAUGGAUAUUCUAACAAGGAUUCAAAUCGAGAAAGGGAAACAUUUGGAGAUCAGUCCCGAGCUAGGGACAGGGAUUGGGAUCAUUAUAGGGGUAGGGACAGGGACUAUAAAUCAGAGAGGGGCAGAGACCGAGACUAUGAGAGAGACCGUGGUGCAUACAGGGACCGGGAUAGGGACAGAAGGGAUAGGCAUUGGGAAAGAGAUAGAAGGGAUAGGGAAAGAGAGAGCGAGCUUGAUUAUGAUUAUGAUAGGAGAUCUAAGUAUGCAGAGAGAGGUAGCAGCCGGGUUGACAACCAUAACUAUCGUAGUAGGAGUAGGAGUCGAAGUAGGAGCAGGAGUCAAAGCCUGCAAGCUGGUGGUCCUCAAUCUGAAUAUGGUAUCAAGGAGAAGCCAUCUACAUCAGGCAAUCUGGCAAAACUUAAGGAUAUCUAUGGUGAUGGAAACAAUAGUAAAGGAGAUUCCAACAUGGAAAGAAUCUCUAGCAGGGUUAAUGACGGCGAAGAGGUUAUUAGACUCGGUGGCUCUACCUGGAAGUAUUGAAUGAUUUCCGCAUGUUGAAUGCUGGAUAACCUGGUUUCUCUGAACCCAACAGUUUGGAUCUUUCUCUCGUGUUUCCUGCCUUGACAAAAUUUAUACAUUCACAAAUGCUUUGAACAAUAUUACAGGGAUGUGUUGUGUAAUGCUAGAAUUUUAUUGCAGAAUUUUCUGUACCUUGCAAGGGGAAAGCUUUCCUUGGAGCUUGAAACUGAGGUGUUCUCAUAUAUUACCUCGGGGUUUUUUUAACUGCCUUGCUCCCUUGUCUCUGAGCUAAACGUUUUUGUUUUUGGGAAAUAUAAUGACUUGUACUUUGUAUUGAUUUUUCCGGCGGCUGUUGAAGGAUUAUGGGCGGUUGCUGUUGGCGCGUA